AUGAUUGACUAUGCCAGGCAACAAUAUGGCCAUUUUAAGAAGGUGGAAUUUCGAGUUCUAGAUAUUGGUGCGAGACAAAACCUCCCCAGGGAUUUAAAACAUCAAUUCGAUCAUGUUACUUCGUUCUAUACCCUAAUGUGGGUACAAAAUCAAAGACAAGCCCUUAAGAAUAUUUACAAACUCUUGCGGCCACAAGGUGGUGAUUGCCUUCUGGUCUUCUUGGCCUCACAUCCCCUAUAUGAUGCCUAUAAAAUGACAAGUCGAAUGAGUGAAUGGUCCAAAUAUAUGCACGAUGUAGAUUCCAUAAUUUCACCCCUGCAUUAUGUCCGGGAACCCCAACAAGAAUAUGCCGCACUAAUGGCAGAUGUGGGAUUUUCAAAGUUCAAAGUCAAAUUGCAGCAUAAAACGUUCGACUAUAAAAGUUUCGAGGUUUUUCGAGCUAACAUGAAAGCUGUCAAUCCCUUUUUGGAUCGUAUACCACCGGCAUUGCACUCGGACUUUAUGGAUGAUGUGAUGCUAAUGCUUUUAAAACAUUUGGGGUUAACCGUUCAAGAG